ACACCACCCUCAACGCCAGCGCCUCCCCCGUGGCGGAGCAGCGACUAGGUCCGGUCAUGUCGGACCUGGGGGAUUGGUUCCGGAGCAUCCCGCUCAUCACCCGCUACUGGUUCGCCGGGUCCAUCGCGCUGCCGCUCGUGGGCAAGCUGGGCCUCGUCAGCCCAGUGUACCUCUUCCUCUGGCCAGACGCCUUCCUCGGCCGCUUCCAGAUCUGGCGGCCGAUAACAGCAACGUUCUACUUUCCAGUGGGUCCAGGAACUGGAUUUCUGUAUUUGGUGAACUUAUAUUUUUUGUAUCAGUAUUCGUCACGGUUAGAAACAGGUGCUUUUGAUGGAAGGCCAGCAGACUACAUGUUCAUGCUCCUGUUUAACUGGAUUUGCAUUGUUAUAACUGGCUUGGCCAUGGACAUGCAGUUGUUGAUGAUUCCUCUCAUCAUGUCAGUUCUUUAUGUGUGGGCCCAGCUGAACAGAGACAUGAUUGUAUCAUUUUGGUUUGGGACAAGAUUUAAGGCCUGUUAUUUGCCAUGGGUUAUUCUGGGAUUCAACUACAUCAUUGGCGGAUCCAUCAUCAAUGAGCUGAUAGGAAAUCUGGUUGGACACCUGUACUUCUUCUUAAUGUUUAAAUACCCAAUGGACUUGGGAGGAAGGAAUUUUCUGUCCACACCCCAGUUUCUAUAUCGCUGGCUGCCAAAUAGAAGAGGAGGGGUCUCGGGAUUUGGUGUUCCACCUGCUAGUGCGCGAAGAGCUGCAGAAGAACAACAACAGGGGGGUAGAAGACACAACUGGGGCCAAGGUUUCAGACUAGGUGACCAGUGAAGAACUGCUGCUCUUGGCAAACAACUACUCCUGAGCGCACGUAGGAAGGCUGCUUCCUGGUGCACUGUGCUUAAGAACCAAGCUCUCUCUAGUGCUAUUGAAAUUGUCUGAUUUUAAAGAAUUUUGUUUCUGGUGCAAGGUAAAAUAAAAACUUGAAGAAAAACUGUAGAUCUUACUCCAGGAUAGCCAGUAGUGCUCAACUCCAUUCUGCCCUUUAAGGAAAGCCUUAGUACUGUCUGUCUGUCACAGUGUGCAUCCAUUUCACUGCCCUCCUCUCUGAUGCAGUGGUACGUGCUAAUUGUGUUUGGUACCUUGGUUUCUCUUCUGAUACGUGAAAAGUUCUGUCUGGUUGUGGCAAGAUAAGAAUCCAGCCUUUGGCUAAAGGUUGGAUCAGACCAACCUCUCCAUUCUGCUUCUGAAAAGCUAAUUCUUCAAUACCGGCAUUUAGAUUUCAGGGUGUUGAAACCUUUAUUUAAGUGGCAUAAUUGGACUGCAUUCAUAACAGAGAGGAUGUUUCUGAGACACUUAAUCUUGUUACCAAGCUACAUUUCAAGAAAGCAGUUUUCUCUUGUGGUGUAGUGUUUGUGGAGAGAGAUUUCCUUGUCCACUGCAGCAUGAGAGGGGAAAGGCUAAGGGCAAAAAACAGCUUUGCUUUCCUGUUAGUAAUUACAAUAACAAAUAUUCCCAGCACUCUAAAUCUGUGAUUUGUAAUGUCCACCAUUUGCUGCAUUUGAGUCAAAAUUGUAUCCGUCUCCAAACUGCAAACCAUUGGCUUCAAGGUUGAUAUUUUAGUUGCAAAACAAAAUAGCACAAAAGUAGAAAAUGUACAUAUGGUGGGUGGCUAUUGUGAAGGGUACUAACUACAGGGUUAUGUUUGUAUUAACUGAGAUUACAGCAUUUGCUUUGAAAGCUUUAAGGAGUUAGAGAAUCACUGGAAAUAAACUUGUUCCAGGUUACAAGAGAAUUGAUUUGUUUUCCCAAGUCCUUUCUCAAACAAGAAGUAACAUACUUUUUCAAUCCAUAUGUCUUUUUCUUGGAGGUGCAGGGCAUGAUUGUCUAUAGUAUUCUCUUGCUGUUAUUGUAAGGCAGUAUGCUCUUAUGGGCAGAGUACAGGGCUAGGAGCCAGGAAAUCUUAACAACUGUUAUUCCACUAUUCACCAUAUGGCCUUUAGCGAGUUACUUAGCCUCAAUUUUCCCAUCUGUAAAAUGGGAUAAAUGAUAUUUACCAUCCACAGGGAUUCCAAGAGUCAUUUUGAGUAGUGCUGUGAAAUUAUAAGUGAUCUGUCAGAGCUAAGUAUUUUUAUUACUGCUGGUUUGUUUGUUUUUUUUCCAUUGGACUUGUGCUCUGCAGGUUUACAGAUUCUAGAUACUGUAUUUACAACUAGUAAUUUCCUGAAUCUGGGAAAAGAAAAUUUGCUUGUUUAUCUGAGUAGCUUCACAAGGAUCCGUUGUGGCAUGGAAAGAGGAAAGAUAUAACUGUUGGUCGUCUUGCUCAUGAGUGAAUAUGGGAACUGGCAAGCAUCAUGUUGCAUGUCUUUUGGUUUUUGUCGAAGCAUGGAGGCUCAGAAAUCACUUAGCACUUCUGUUUCCAGUAAUAAAAUGUUAAAGAUGC